UGGCACUGAAAAUAAAAUAAAACAAAAUAAGUAGCGCGGCAGGCGGCGGCAGAACAACCCUACGGGAAUCCGUUCACCAGAGAGCUCUACGGUCGCCGUAAAUUUUCCUUACCUACGGCUACCACCGCCGCUUGACGGAAGAGGAGAAUAAGCGACGCCGCGGAAGCUCCACCACAGUCCACAGCCAUGGCGGUUCACCGGGAGGACUUAAUCGACGAGGAAGACAGCGAAGAGGACAACGCCCUGUUUCAGGAAGAGAACACCAUCGACUUUGACCUCGACUUGUCCGAGCCUCUUCAGCCAAUCCUCUCGGCGGCUCGCUCCGGCGACGCCGAAGCUCUCACACAGGCCUUAGAGAAUUUUGAUGGUAACAUUGAUGAGCCAUUGGAAGAUGGGGACACAGCUCUCCAUCUAGUUUGUCUGUAUGGCCACUUGAGCUGCGUCAGGGUGCUUUUGGAGAAGGGAGCCAAUGUAGAGGCUAAGGACGAAGACGGUGCAAUUCCUCUGCACGAUGCUUGUGCCGGAGGUUAUACUGAGAUAGUGCGGCUUUUGUUAAACCAUGCAAGUGACGAUGAGACUGUGAAGAGGAUGCUAUUAACAGUUGAUGACGAGGGUGAUACUCCACUCCAUCAUGCUGCUAGAGGUGAACACACGGAGAUUGUUAACCUGUUACUGGCUGCCGGCGCUCCAGUCACUCAGACAAACUCAUAUGGAAAGACUCCGGGCGAGCUGGCUGAGCCACAGACAGAAGCUAGGAGAAUCUUGGAAGCUGCUGAGUUGGCAGUGUGAGUUUCUUUUUUCGCAAUCAAGCUUCCAUUGUGAAAGAUGUAUGGGGUAGCCGAAGGAGAGUGCAUUGCAGUUUGAGCAUUGUCUAAGCGGAUGAUCAUAAACGAGCUGGAGUUAACCUGGAAUCACAUUUGCUGCGACCUGUACUCCGUUGUGUUUAUUGAGUUCUCUUCUUUAUUUGUUUAUAUGCUCAAGAACCUUGAAUUCCAGGAUUAGCUUUCAAGAUUAGAUUGACGGUGAAGAUAAUUUUUCUCCAUUUGUUGUUUGUUAGGAGUUUCUAGGCAAAAGGACGUUUGUGAAUGUCAAUUUGGUAUUUGAAGUCCAUGAGUGUAUGAGAAAGUUCCUAAUAAUACACAACCAUUAUUCUUCAUGCUCUUACGAACAAAAUGGGUAAAUGAUGGAUACAAACAACUACGGUGGAAUGAGCUUCAUUAGAAUCUCAUUCAUC